GGUACCUGAGGAAUGGUCCCGAGAUAAAACCAGUCCUCGGUGUUCUCGAACCCACCCAGCACAUGUCGAAGAAAGGGUCAACACAUAAUAUGAGACAGCCUAUCCGAGAUCUCGUGUCCAUCAGCGAGAUUUCAACCCCCGGCAUUACUCACUCGGGAUCUACCACCUUUAGGGUAUUUGUUGGGCCUACUGCGCCGACGAGCAGACAGGAAGAGGUCGUUGCCGAUAUCGGGAUAAGCAAAGGAGGACGACAGCGGUUUUCAUGAUGGACAACUGCUACCGCCGCGAGCUCGAGACAGCGACUGCCGCCAUACAGACGGCUGCUCAGAUCAGCCGGGAGGUCCUCGCUGCCGCUGCCGCUCGGGGUGACCAGGCCGCGUCCGGGACCUUUGACGUCGUCAAAGACGACCUCAGCCCCGUCACCGUUGCCGACUUCGCCAUCCAGGCCCUCCUUAGACGGGCUCUCGGCAAUGCCUUUCCCGCCGACGGCUUCGUCGGCGAGGAGUCGGCCGACGAGCUGAGGCAGAACCGCAGGCUGCUUUCCCGUGUGCUCGCCGUCCUCGCCCAGUGCGGAGCCAGCGCCCUGUUUCGCGACGCCGACGACCUCUGCGACGCCAUCGACUCUUGCACCACCCUGACGCCGGGCGCCGCCGGUCCCACCAGGAUCUGGGUAUUUGACCCCAUCGACGGCACAAAGACCUACAUCCGCCACGAGCAAUACGCCAUUAACGUCGCCCUCCUCGAGGCGGGCCGUCAGGUCGUGAGCGUCGUGGCUUGCCCUCUGCUCUCCGUCGAUGCCACCGCUCCCGUGACCGACCGCUCCGUCGACCCGACUGGGAAGGGAUGUAUUCUCUACGCCGUCCGGGGUCAUGGCGCCCACAUUCGGCCGCUGUUUGGAGAUGCCGGCGCCGUGCAACCUCGGCAGCUCCCCCGGCACGCUGACGAAGCCACGUCUCCCGACCAUCUCCGCUCCGUCACCUGCUGGGCUCUGCUCGACUCCGGCGUGGACUCGGUGCACGAACGGGUGGCGGAGCAGCUAAAGGUCCCGUUCCCGGGCUGCGACCUGCUGGGAUGGGUCCCCCGAUGGGCCGUCAUGGCGAUGGGAGCGGCGAACAUGACUGUCUGGGUGUACAGGAAGAGGGAUCGCUACGCCAAGAUAUGGGACCACGCCGGCGCCAUGCUGCUCUUCGAAGAGGUCGGCGGCAUGAUCACCGACGUCCACGGCAAAGAGAUCGACUUGACCGCGGGGAGAAAACUUAAGGCCAACUUUGGCUUCGUGGCAGCCCCCCGGAGUCUGCAUCCCCUUGUGCUACGGGCGGUGCACGAUGUCCUCAAGACAUCCGGGAAACACGAGCUCCUCCAGUAGCUGUUGGUGGCCGCAUCUCGUCCCGGAGACGGGCCAUCUCCCCUCCCAUGACCGCCAGCACGCGCAUCUUACACAAUCAGCAGUUUGUGGACUCCACCACAGGACGUCCUCAUCACUCACC